AUUAUCUCUCACCAACUGCUUUGUAUAUUUGAGAGCUACUUUAGUUAAACAAUGGCAGCAGCAGCAGCAACAAUAAGGCAACGCACACCGUCAAUGGCUACACUGGGCAGGCUAGAACCUAAGGAUGCGAAUGAUGCUCUAUGGAAUUUGAAUCUUCUUGAAGCGUUACGAAGUGGUGAUCCAGGCAAGAUCCAUCCUUACCUCGCUGACCUCUCCCGACUCGCCAACGCCACCCGCCGUGCUUCCACGUCGCCCAACCCCUCUCCCUCUCAUUCCAAGUCAACUCGACCAAUUCCCGCUAAUGGUGGAGGUAGUGGCAGUGGAAGCGGGAAUGGGUCGACCAGUUCGCUGGUGGGUAAGAGUAGGAUAAGUGCGGAGAGCGACAGGUCUGGAGGGACCUCUCUGGGUCCAAGCGCCAGCCCACCGGAGAGAGCAGCAUACAUAUUGCAUACGGCCAUCAGGGUUGCCUCAUGCCAAACGAUCUCCUCCCUGCUCUCCCACAAACAGAUCUCCCCAAAUAUCUACUACCCUCCUUCCCCUUCUCCCCUCCGUACCACUCCGCUUCACCUCGCGGCUCAGCUUGGGCGUGCAGAUGUCGUACGCCUCCUGCUGGAGCAAGAAGAGGUGGAUGAUACGUUGAGAGAUGGACAUGGGAGGACGGUCGCGGAAGUUGCUGCGAAUGCGAGAGUGACGAAGAUUUUGAAAGAUUCCGUACAAGAGCUUACCGACGCCUACCUCCGUCAAGUUGAAGAUUACAUCCGCUCAGCAGCAGGCAGCCCACCGCCCACUGGGCUCAUACAUCUUCUCAAGUCGCAGAGGUCCCACCAACUUGAAUUGACAGUGCAGGUUCUAGGGACGACGAUACUCCAUGAAGCCUCGCGCCGUGGGCAUAUCCAAAUAAUCGAACUUUGCCUCGCGCGAGACGCCGACAUCUUCGCGCGCGAUUCACGCAACCGUGCUCCCCUUGACGUCGUCCUCGGCCAGGGGAGGGAGAAGGACGCGGUGCGGGCGCUUCUCAGGCAAUAUACGAACCGGGAUUUAAGCCUUGUGAAUGAACCCGAGGCAGAGGGAGGGGGUGUCGUGGGGAAGCCUGGCGAUUUCAAAGGCUAUUUGAACAAGUACGCAAACGUGGCGAAGGGAUACUCGACACGCUACUUUGUAUUACAAGACGGGACGCUGUCAUACUAUCGCAACCAGUCCGACUACCCAACAUCAUGUCGCGGGUCGAUCCACACCUCGAUGAUCUCGGUCAAGACGUCCUCAACGGACAGACUCCGUCUCGAGAUUACCCUCCAUCCGCCUUCGACGUCUGGCCUUCCAGGCACGUCGAAACCUGACAACACCACAGGCACAGUGCAGCACUGGUUCCUUCGCGGUGAACACCCCGGAGAGAUUGCACGCUGGGCUCAGGUCCUUCGAAGGAACGUCGAAUACUACACUUCGCAAUCGCGAGACGGCACCGCUGGAGGAAGGCAGGCAAGCAAAGACGUGGGCGAGGCGGGUGGCCCGUUCUUGAGAAAAGGGUUUACGCGGUCGUUGAGCAUCACAGGGCUGAGCAGGAAAGUGUCGGCUUCUGGUGGCCAUCACGACACCGCCGCUGCAGCACCACGCUCCAGCCCUGCAUCCGGCUCGAGGUCAACGAGCAGCGGCACUGUCGUCCCCACUCUUGGUGCGGCAAGUGACGUGCAUCGUGCCAUGAGCGGUACGAGCUUAAGCGUCUCGGGACUACCUACGGAGCUGCUGGCGGGUAGUGAAAGCAGCGAUGCAGACGCCGAGGGGGCCGAGGUUGAAGGGGAGGAGAGCAAGGACCCCCCCUAUGCGGAGUGGGAGAUGGCAGCUGAAGGCAUGGGCAUACAGCUCGAUGCUCUCAGGCUCGCUCUUCCGCCUCUGGGACUACCCCCUGCUCAAGUAGCUGCCCUGCUCGAUGGGCUGAAUGCGCUUGGCUCCCUCGCCGCGGGGUGGAGGACACAACAGAAAGCCCGUGAGAAAUGGUACGAAAACGAACUUGAAAGAGAAAGGCAGACUCGUAACCUAUGGGAAGAGAGUCUUGCCGGCGUUGUUGGCGAAAGCGAGCGGAUGGAGCAGGAACUGCAAGUAGCGAGUCGAAGGCUGAGGAGUAUGCGCAAUCUACGGGCGAGCAUGGUGGGAACCGAGACGGGCACGCCUGCAGUUGGACCGGUAAUCGCACCCACACUCACCGCCGAGCCGGAGAAGGAACUUCCUCAACCCCCUCAGUUGCUUGAGGAGCCGCUCAGUCUCAGUCUUCCCUCCGCAGGAUUGAUGGCUCCAGGUACUACCCCAGGCCGACCAGUCUCCGUCGCUGCCCGGACUAUGACGACCGACGAGGAAGACGAAGAUGAUGAAUUUUUCGAUGCGAUUGAUUCUGGUCUUUUGCCGCUCACCCUCCCGUCGCCCAUUGCCAACCCUACCGCGCUCCCCGAGGAACUUGAGCGACAUGUGCUGCUUGACCGUGUAUUGUACGCUGGGUACGAACAUCCCCGUGCCCGUUUGCCAAUCGACGAUGACCAGCGGCCGCCUGUCUCCCUCUGGGCCGUGCUCAAGAAUAGCAUCGGUAAAGAUCUCACUCGCAUCUCCUUCCCCGUCUUCUUCAACGAACCUACGAGUAUGCUGCAGCGUAUGGCAGAGGAUAUGGAAUUCUCAGAAUGCUUGGAUGCUGCUGUUCGUGAGAGCGACCCACUCAAGCGUAUCGCAUUCGUCGCUGCGUUCGCAAUGUCCAACUAUUCUAGCACUUUGGGUCGUAUCGCGAAACCAUUCAACCCCAUGCUGAGCGAGACGUUUGAAUACGCAUCGUUUGACAAACAAUAUCGGUAUUUCUCCGAGCAGGUCAGCCAUCAUCCACCCAUCAGCGCCUGUUACUGCGAGUCACCGGACUGGCUCUAUUAUGGAGAAGUUGAUGCAAAGAAUAAGUUCAUGGGGAGAUCAUUUGAGAUUCGCCCGACUGGUGCCGCUUUCGCGGAUCUCAUGCUGUCAUCAGACAAGGUCGAGCACCCUGACAAAUACCCGGUGGAGGAAGUCGACGGCGAGAAACGGUACCGAGAAACAUACAGCUGGAAGAAAGUUACUACUAACGUUUCUGGGUUUAUCCUUGGCAAUGUGACCAUCGAUCACUCUGGUCUCCUCCGCGUUGUCAACCAUCGCACAGGUGACACCUGCGAGCUAACAUUCAAACCUCGUGGCUGGCGCGGCACCAACCUUCAUGAGAUCAAGGGUGCGGUAUACGACUCUCGAGGACAACUUGAAUGGGAGAUUGCGGGACGUUGGAGCAGCCAAUUAGUUAUGCGCCAUGCAGAUUCCAGCCUCGAGUUAGGUCCAGACGUCAACGUGCAUGGACCGGGUUCGCCUGCCUCGCAGACUGCACCAGAGUAUAUCCUUCUCUGGCGAAACACACCCAAGCCCCCAGCACCAUUCAAUCUCACCCCGUAUGCGAUAACUCUGAACGACCUGCCAAAGAACCCGGAACUCUUGAGAAAGUGGUUGCCCAUCACAGACUGUCGCCUUCGUCCAGACCAGAGGGCAUUCGAAGAGGGUCGGUACGAGGAAGCAAACGCCCUCAAAUCUGAUCAGGAAGAUUUCCAACGUGCCACACGCCGAGCCAGAGAACGCGGGGAGCUUCCGCCGCACGAACCCCGUUGGUUCACUCCUGACAUAGAUGAAGACAACGGGGAACGUGUCUGGCGACCAAAGAGAAGAGGUAGCAAAGUUGAAUACUGGGCGGAAAGAGAGGAGGCCGGCCUGGCUGGACGUCCUUGGAAGGAUGUUGAACAGAUCUUCAUCGACGUCUAAGAAAGAAGACUGUUUGGUGUUUUGUUCAUAUGUGUCAGCGCAUGGAUCAGAUAUAUUAAUACAUAGUCACUAUCAUCACUCAAGGAUUGGAAGCCUACAGGCGCGAUUUUAUCAAA